UCUCGCCUCCUUGCAGACAGUUGUAGUAGCUUUGACGAAGGAGGGGCGGCGGAGUGGAAUGGAGGAGGAGCUGAUUUGACGUGAGCAUCGACGCAAUACGGCAGUUGGAGGUUCCGUGCCGGGUGGGUCACCGCUUUCUCCUUCGCUGCGGUCUUGCCCACUCCUCCGUCAUGGAGUCUGUGGACCGAGCCACGCGCGUCUUGCUGCCUUACUUGACCCACUGCUCGGUGCGGCGGAUGAUGCCCUGGGCACUGAUGAGCUUCAUGGUGAUCGGAUCCCUUGUUAAAGAACUAAUGCCGCCGGCUGCUACUUACCUGAGUAACAAGCGCAACGUACUCAAUGUCUAUUUUGUGAAAUUUGCUUGGGCCUGGACAUUCUGCCUGCUGUUUCCGUUCAUCUCUCUCACCAACUACAAUGUCCUCCAGAAUGUUUUGCCUGUACUUGUUCGCCUUUUCUCACUGAUGGUUGGCACUAUCAUUUGGUAUACAUGCACAAGUACAUUUUUGCUCAUUCAGGACUUCACAGGCAGUUGUUACAAAUCGUCAACCCUUGCUGUAGUGACUCAAGAACAUUCCAAUCAAGUACAAUGCCUACAAGCUGGUGGGAUAUGGGAAAGUUUUGAUAUCUCAGGACAUUCCUUCCUCCUUUCAUAUUGCAUUCUAAUGAUUCUAGAAGAAAUGGCUGUGAUGCCCAGCGUGAAAACUUUCCGUGGUUCUAGACUGCACGAUGUGGUGAACAGUUUGUUCUUAGCACUGGCUUGUUUGACAUUUAUCUGGCUUUUCAUGCUUCUUACUACUGCUGUAUAUUUCCAUGAUUUUUGGGACAAGAUUUUUGGCACUUUGGUGGGCCUCUCUGGUUGGUAUGGAACAUACAGGUUUUGGUACAAGUCACCCUUAUCUCCUGGAUUUCCUCCCCAAAGAACCCUUUAUUUCCCAAAACCUAAUCGUAGGCUAUAAAAUCAGUUUGUUGAUCAGAUUCUGUUUUAAAAAAUAUCCAUUUUUAAUUAUCUAAAUUUAUUUCCCAAAGUCUAAUUGUAGGCUAUAAAAUCAGUUUGUGGAUCAGAACCUGUUUUGACAAAUAUUCAUUUUAAUUAUUUAAAUUUUAAGACAACUAUUAAUAUGAAUAUUUAAAGUGGAUGGCAAAAAACCAAACACUGUUUGUAUUAUGAGUUUGUGAUAUAAUUCUGGAAAGUGGUUGCUAUACUACUGUAAUAAUAUCAGGACUUUGUUAAUCUAGGCUAACUAAAUGGAAACUGUUGAUCAGAUUGGUACUAGAAUAACCUGAAAGGAAAAUACUCCUUUUAAAAACCAUACUUUUGACUAUGAAGAAGGAAAUUUAAUAGACAAAAAAAUGCACUUACAUACAAAGCUCAUAUCAAGGACUCGAUAAAUGGACAUAUUUUUGGUUAGAUAGAUGAGACAAAUUGCCCAAAAUCAUACCUUAUUUGAGGAUUUGAUAAUUAACCAAAUUUUGUCUCAAAUUAUCUUGAAGAUAUAAAACAAAGUUUUCUCUGAGUUUGAUUUAAAUCCAUAUAUUAAAACAAAAAUGGAUAGCCAGAUUAGUUUAUGGUACUUAUUGCCAUAGGAAGAUUUUGGAUUUAAAACAACUGCCAUCCUGCUUGUGUCAACACUCAACUUUGUACAGCUGAAAUAGCUUGCAUCAUGCACCAUUUUUUCUAGAAUUUAUCUGGCUUAGAGUCUUUAGAAUGUCUUAUGUCAUGUUUUGGCAACACGGUACUCCUGAAUGUCACAAAAUGCUUUAUAUCUGCAAUCAAAGCUAUCCUGUUAGAGCAGGCUGUUUCUUGCAAGAUUUCAGCUUUCACAUUCUCUGCUCUUCCAGUUCUUAAUUAAAGAUGGCAGUUAGGAAAUCUAUAGCAAUGUUCUAAUUUAUUGUACAUGGGAGUUAUAUAGAAAAAGUACAUUGGUUUUUACAGCCAUAUGUCACAACAGGAAAAAAAUCUUAUUUAAAAACACUUGUUUAGGUUCUUUGGAUACUUUGACUUUUCUUGCAUGGUACAACCUUGCAAUGUUAAUAUAUUUAUAUUAAUUGUGUUUUCUACAGUUUUGCACGUUGACUAAAAGUAUUACACUACAAGUGCAAUUAUUUUUAAUAUAAUUGGAAAAUAAUCCAGUUGUAACGAACUUGGCUGCUUUGUAUAAUAUAUUCAGCCUACUAUAUUUUAUGUGCUCCUACUAUAUAUUUAAUAGCUGCAUAGUUUACAGGUACUAAGCUAAAGUGAGGAUCUUUUUUGACUCAGACAACAUCACUUAAAAAAAGUUGAUCUCCAAGGCCAUGAUAGACAUGUACUGAUACCACUGGAGGCACUGAUUCUGAAAAAUUGUUGCUCCUUUGUGUCUCUAUGUUUUGUUCUUUGUUUUGUUAGGGAGAUUUUUAGAUGAAAGGUAGAUGUGUUAGAGUCUUUUGGAGGCCUAGCACACUUAUUCUAUGUUUAUGCCCCCCCCCCCCAAAUAAAUGUUAGAUAAAUAAAUAUUACACAUAAAUAUCUUGAAGAGUUUCUGGAGCUGUAAAAAUGUGAUUGCAUGUUGUCUAUGAUUUGCUCAUGUUUGUGCUAACUUUUCAGUUUUCUAAUUGUCUUGAUAAAAGUUGCUAACUCAGCUCCAGAGCUUUCAGGUUUGGAUGUGAUCGAAACACUAAAUGGUUUGAAGUCUUCAUGUUAAUUAUAUUACUCACAAACUGCCUGAGUUUAGGAGUUUGUAUUAACUGGCAUGCCAUUUCAAGUUCCUUUGAAUUGUGUGGUGCCUCUCUAUAUACUAUAGAUACUUGGAAAGUCAUCCAGUCAAAUGUGUGUGUGCUAGCUACUUAAAGAUGAAAUUCGUUUGCCAUUUCCCAGGAUUUAAAUAAUGCCUUAGUGAAUCAUAGCUUCAUAUUUAGGCUUGUUACUUGUCCCACAUAGAGUUACAACAGCUUAUACUUAUGCCACAUUUAAACUUCUAUAUUGUGCAUGACAGUUGGUUUAUAUAACAUUAUUUCCAACAUAGGAGAAAGCGUUUUAUCUCAAUCUCAGCUUUAUGCCUACUCAUAAAUAAAAAACGAGCAGCUAAGCCACAGUUCAUAUAUGUGUGGUGUGUGUGGGUGACUGUAAUGAGUUGAAAAGAUAUAAGAAUAGUCACAUUGGCAAUGAAACCUGGAAUAUUAUGGAGGUGGAAACUUGAGCUCAUGGUAUAUAUCAGUGGAAUUAGAAGCGACUGAGUUUAUAUUACCAUUAUUGGUCUUAUUGUAAAUUUUUUGGGGAAUCUUCUAUGAAAAGAAAAAUGCAUUUAUCUAUGUAGGUUAGUUUAUCAAACCUUCAUGAACUGAGCUACAUAAAUAUUUGAGGAGCAGCCUUUAUGGCUGGCAACCCAUCUUCCAGUCAAGUUACAUUCAUGGCUCCUGUAAUUCUUUCAGAGAAUCCCAGUAUACGAAUUGGUUCCAUAUCAUUGUAAUGUACUGUAUUGAAGAAUUAGUGAAUUCUCAAGUAAUUCCUAAGUAUUAUAUGUUUCCGUUCACUGAGAUUUUUCUCAGCAUUGCUAUACACAACUUACAUAAAAUAUAAUUGCUGUAAUAGUUUUCAUAUUUCUUAAGCCCUGGUUUUGUAUUACUUAAAGAAGCGUUGAGAGAAGCGAAGUGAAAACACAUAUAUUUUACAAAUAUAUACAUUUUGUUAGCUGAGUGACGUAUCAACAUUGUUAUUGUAUAGGUAAGCGUUCUAUAAAAAAUUCUUCUGACUCUGUAAUACAGAUUUGUGUGUGUGUGUAAUAAUCACUUGAUAGUUUUGUUGCCCAUGAAUGAACAAAUCAAAUUCAUCUUCAAUCAGUGCAAUAACAGAUUGUGUCUCCAGUGGUUUUGGCUUUUUUUUUUUUAGCUAAACUACUUAUAUUGCCAGUUGUGUUACAGUAAUGCCCUAAUCUGAAACAUGUUUUACUACAUAUUAUUAGUUAAAAAGCACUGCUUUUGCCAAAUAAUCAUUUUUCUCCCCUACCUCUAAUGUAAUUUGUGCCAUGAUGGCGUAGCAAUUGGUGUACCAGUAAAAGAAAAUUUUUGAUGUAUUUUGCUAACUGUAAUGGACAAAAGAUUAAUCUCUGCUUCCUAAAGUGGGCAAACAAAGUAAAGCUCUAAGUAUCUCAUGA